AUGGUCACCAGCGAUGCCAAUAGACGGCCCGCAUCGCGCUGCAGAAUGUUAAUUGCUGCAGGUCAAACAGCAUCGUCUACGCGAGCCCCAGACGACGGGCUGGCCAUGGCGCACGAGCGGCGUGCUACGAGCCGCCGCAAGGUCCCGUUUGGGCAUGUCAACAGUGCGACGGCGCAGGGUGAAGGCUCACAAGCUCUGGCCCGGUUCCGCUGCGUGGUAGGGCUGCUGCUGUGGCCGCUGGGGGCGUGUCGGAAUCCAUCUCCCAUGCGACGCGGGAGAAAGAAGCAAAGGACACGAGGUACGAGGAGGGUUGAGGAAGUGAAGGGCGCCGCGCAGCCAAUGGGUGUGCUGUUGUCCGGCCGAGGCACCGUGGGCGAUGCGCUCCGGCUCGACCUGAGCAAGAACAAGCGAAGAAAAUCAGUCGUUGCAGGUGGUGGACGGCUAGAUAUGGGAGCCACAGGGACAAGCGGAUAG